AACCCCCCCAAAACAGCAAACCCCCCCUAACGCCCCACUGUACACGCUAUUCUCUAUGGCUUUCUACGUUACCAUCAGCCUAAGUGCCAGAGUGUUUCCACCUGUUAGAGUCCAUCUUGACUUGUUGGCAGUGUGCUGUCGCUGACAUUCUAAGUUAUGUGAACAGGUUGGGCUCAAUGGCCAGUGGCUUUGGUAAGCCUUAAGUGGCAUAGAUGGCCCGAACAAAGACUGCAUGUGUGUGUUUGUGUGUGGAUGUUUGCGAAUGUUUGUUGUUGCCAAUUUGCAUUUGCCAUAGAUGUAUUUUCUGUAUCGAAAAUAGUCCUCGAAUGCUAUUUAAUAGUUCUUAACAUAUCUAGAUGAGAUGUCAUUGUAAAUUCUAGUUCAGGUUUACAGAAAGAUAUGUGUAUAUCAACAUUCUUACGGACAGCUUUGAAUUACACUGCAUUGAACUGCCAGGUUACUUGUUGAGUGUUUGUAAAGAGCAUGCACAUAGGACGAUGUUAUAAGUGUGACAAAUGCCUGACCCAUGAGUGUUCUGCUGCUGCUGCUGCCAACCUGUUUUAACCUCUCGUUUGCCAGACGGCACAGUUUAAUGUGGAACAUUUCUCAGGGAUGCACAACUGGUACGCCUGCUCCCACGCACGCCCCACAUUCUGCAACGUCUGCAGAGACAGCCUCUCUGGGGUUACCUCCCACGGCCUUUCCUGUGAAGUGUGUAAAUUCAAAGCCCAUAAACGGUGUGCGGUCCGAGCCACUAACAACUGCAAAUGGACCACCCUGGCCUCCAUAGGAAAGGACAUCAUAGAGGAUGAGGACGGGAUUGCAAUGCCACACCAGUGGCUGGAAGGGAACCUUCCGGUCAGUGCCAAGUGUGCGGUGUGUGAUAAGACGUGCGGCAGCGUCCUGAGACUCCAGGACUGGCGUUGCCUGUGGUGCAAAGCCAUGGUGCACACGGCGUGUAUGGACAUCUACCCACGGAAGUGUCCUUUGGGCCAGUGUAAGGUCUCCAUCAUCCCUCCCACUGCCCUCAACAGCAUCGACUCAGACGGCUUCUGGAAGGCCACUUGCCCCCCAUCCUGCGCCAGUCCCCUGCUGGUCUUUGUCAACUCGAAGAGCGGUGACAACCAGGGAGUCAAGUUCCUGCGCCGUUUCAAACAGCUCCUCAACCCUGCUCAGGUGUUUGAUCUGGUCAACGGAGGUCCACACCUAGGUCUUCGCCUGUUUCAGAAGUUUGAUAACUUCCGCAUCCUGGUGUGUGGAGGGGAUGGGAGUGUAGGCUGGGUGCUGUCUGAGAUCGACAAGCUCAGCCUCCACAAACAGUGCCAGCUGGGCGUGCUGCCCCUGGGCACGGGGAACGACCUGGCGCGCGUCCUGGGCUGGGGCCCGUCCUGCGACGACGACACCCAGCUGCCCCAGAUCCUGGAGAAGCUGGAGCGAGCCAGCACCAAGAUGCUGGACCGCUGGAGCAUCAUGACGUACGAGAUCAAGAUCCCCCCCAAACACAGCUGCCCCACCACGCCGGAGGAACCGGGACACUGCCCGUUCCAGAUAGCGUCCUAUGAGGACUCCGUGGCGGCCCACCUCACCAAGAUCCUCAACUCUGACCAGCACUCUGUGGUCAUCUCCUCUGCCAAGAUCCUGUGUGAGACGGUGAAAGACUUUGUCGCCAAAGUGGGGAAGACCUACGAGAAAAACCCUGACAACACGGAGGAGUCCGACACCAUGACGGUCAAAUGUGCCAUCCUGAACGAGAAGCUGGACUCCCUCCUCCACACCCUAAACACCGAGGCCCAGUGCCUGCCCCCGUCCACCCUCUCCACGCCCCCCAUCGUCGAGGAGGAGCAGGAGGAGGACGAGGACGAGGAGGAGGAGGAGGAGGAGGCCAGCGAGGAGAGCCUGUCGGAGCUGAAGGGGAAGCUGGAGGAGGAGGAGACCGAGAAGGGCCUGUGCUCUCCUCGCCGGCCGGUCAAGCCCAGGGAGCAGCUGAUGCUGAGGGCCAACAGUCUGAAGAAAGCCGUCAGGCAGAUCAUAGAGCAGGCCGUCAGAGUGGUGGACGAGCAGAACGCGCACACGGAGGAGCAGGAGCUGGUGUCCCCCUCGGUGGAGAGCCGGAAGGACCACGAGGAGGAGAACCGGGACAGCGAGAAGGACGAGGACACCAAGGAGCUGGAGACGCUGACAUCUGCUAAGAGUCCUUGUUCUCCUUCUGAGAGGAGGAUCAGUAGGAGCACCCAGUCAUGUGGCUCCUUCUCCAUCACUCCCUUCACCACCAGCAAGGAGAACCUUCCGGUCCUCAACACACGCAUCAUCUGCCCUGGUCUGCGUGCUGGUCUGGCUGCCUCCAUAGCAGGCAGCUCUAUCAUUAGUAAGAUGCUGUUAGCCAACAUUGACCCAUUUGGAGCCACGCCCUUCAUAGAUCCAGACCUGGACUCACUAGAGGGCUACAUGGAGAAGUGUGUGAUGAACAACUACUUUGGCAUCGGCCUGGACGCCAAGAUCUCCCUGGAGUUCAACAACAAGAGAGAAGAGCACCCUGAGAAAUGCAGGAGUCGCACCAAGAACAUGAUGUGGUACGGGGUUCUGGGCACCAAGGAACUCCUUCAGAGAACCUACAAGAACCUGGAGCAGAAAGUCCAGUUAGAGUGUGAUGGACAGUACAUCCCCCUGCCCAGUCUCCAGGGGAUCGCAGUGCUCAACAUCCCAAGCUACGCCGGCGGGACCAAUUUCUGGGGCGGAACCAAGGAGGAUGACAUCUUCUGUGCGCCGUCGUUUGAUGAUAAGAUUCUGGAAGUAGUCGCAGUGUUCGGGAGCAUGCAGAUGGCCGUGUCCAGAGUUAUCAAGCUGCAGCAUCACCGCAUCGCACAGUGUCGCACGGUGAAGAUCACCAUCUUGGGAGACGAGGGGGUCCCUAUCCAGGUGGACGGAGAGGCCUGGAUUCAGCCUCCCGGAGUCAUCAAGAUCCAGCACAAGAACCGAGCCCAGAUGCUGACCAGAGACCGGGCAUUCGAGAACACCCUGAAGUCAUGGGAGGAUAAACUGAAGUAUGACAAGCCCCCCAUCCGCCCCCACCUCUACCCUCAGCAGUCUGUUGACCUGGCAACAGAGGAGGAAGCUGCACUCAUACAGCUGUGUGCCCGUGCUGCCGAAGAGCUCAUCACCAGGAUCUGUGAGGCAGCCAAGACCAAUGGGCUUCUAGAACAGGAGCUGGCUCACGCUGUCAACGCGUCCUCUCACGCCAUCAACAAAACGCACCCCAAGUUCCCAGAGAGUCUGACCAGGAACACAGCUAUAGAGGUGGCCAGUAACGUCAAAGCCCUCCACAACGAGACCGAAUCACUGCUGGUGGGGCGAGUCUCUCUGCAACUGGAGCCCACGGACGAGGAGGCGCUGUCCGGCGCUCUGCAGAGUGUGGAGAUGGAGCUGGCCAAGCUGGGAGAGAUCCUGUGGCUCUACCACAUACUGCAGCCUAACGACGAGGAGGAACACUCUCUGGAGUAUGGCAAGAGGAACAGCCGCAGUAGUAUGUUCCGGAUUGUGCCAAAGUUCAAGAAGGAGAAAGCCGCCAAGAAGACCAGCCCACAGUCAGUGGAGAGGUGGGGCACAGAGGAGGUGGGCAUCUGGCUGGAGCAGCUGAGCCUGGGGGAGUACAGAGACACCUUCACCCGCCACGACAUCCGAGGCUCCGAGCUCCUCCACCUGGAGAGAAGGGACCUGAAGGAUCUGGGGAUAUCGAAAGUGGGUCAUAUGAAGAGAAUUCUCCAGGGAACUAAGGACCUUGCCAAGACCACCUUUUGUGACCUCUAAUGCGGGCACAGAUGAAUCGGGAGAGGGGGAAAAAACGCCCGUCAUCCACCACAGAAGAAGAGUUUGGGGACUCCUAAGACAGUGGAAGUGAGAAUUAAGUAUGCAACGAUCGAUGGACUUGAUCCAUCUGUUGAGAGAGCUUUAGAGAGGCAGAGAACCGAAGGUUUCCGUGUGACAUUGUGUGUGUGGUGCCAAAAUGUUGGUCUGCUGAAGUGCAUAGGUCUUAGGAAGUCAUGGAUCUUUACUAAAAGCCAUUCCUAACACAUUUCUAGUCAUGGCACAAUCAGGUAUGCAACUAAAUUGCCGUUAACAGUUGGUUUGCCUCCUGACCUCGUAGACGGCAGAGUCGUAGCAAAACCAGGACUUCCAUGAGUGUUCCCAUGUGGGUUUAGUGUACAGGGCAGUAUACAGUAGUUCAGUAGCGUUCAGUGCUGUGUAGCUUUGUGAAUGCUUACUGACACACUGCUUAACGGUAGGUGGCUAAAGAUGUUAAGCGUAGUGAAGGGGUCUCCAAAAAACAGUUUGAUGGGAGUGCAUGCUACGCUCGCACCUUGAGUUUGAAUAUCUGUUUUCUUUGCAUGAUCGGUGUCUUGAUUUGUGUGUACAAAAUAACACUUGAACAAGUUUUUUUUUAUGACUUAAAUAUUAUUAUUAUGCCAUUUGUUACUACUGAAAGCAUUAUUUUGAUUUCAAUCUACCGUUUUUACUCUUUUAUUUAUUGGUUUGCAUGAUCAUUCUGUAUCAAGGAUGUGCCAUAUUUUCAAUGUCAUAUAAUGUACAAAAGUGCUUAAGGUAAUCAUAAGAACUUUAAAUGCAGUUGGUAGAUGAGUUAUGAGUAUUAGGAGUUUCUAAUGGUCUAUCGCUGACAACUUUGUUGACGUAAAAUCAGUACCAAAGUGAAUGUCCAGGACACUUCCAAAGUUCGACUAGUAUAUUUGUAGUGGAGGAUUAGUAGAUAAUGUAAUAGUUACUUCAAGUUGGUAGUACCCAUAGGUAUAUAAAUUGCAAUGAGUUCAUUAGGAUUCAAUUCAAUAGGAAAGGUUGUUUUAACAAGUCAUUUUAGGAGCAAUAUACCUAAUAGGCACCUUUUCCAGUGCAGAUCAUCAUAAGUAGUCAUUCACAUCAGUUUAUUAAGCAUUUUUACAGUUAAUAUUUUACACAAUAACACUAGUGGGGAUAGGAGAUAAAUAUUGGUUUGGUAGGAUAUGAUUAUGGAGUGUAGGUUUUUUUGCACAGAGUUUAAAAAACGCUGUUCAUAUAACACUUUUCUCUGUAGUUUCUGUAAUUUUGGUGGCAUUACAGGGUAUAUUUGUAUAUGUGAUGCUAAGGUUUGUACAUAUAUACACUGUAUAUACAAUCUAUAACCAGUGUAUACAUACUGUACUCUGUUAGUAGCUGUUCUAGACAAAUGCCUUUGUAGGUCGCUGACAAGAUAUGCAGUGUCAACAGUUAACACAUUGAUCGUGUACAAUACAUUGCACCAGAUUAUUGAUUAUUCUUUGUUUGAAUCUGUUGUACAUGACGAUGAUGUUUUAUUCUAAUGAAGGUGCAAUAUUGUUGUUGUUUUUGUUUCAUAUGGGUUUCCAUUCCCUGAAGCUCUCUGACGCGGUGUUUCUCCUUGAGGAAAACGGAUUGAUGGCUUUGUACAUGUGCUCCUACUUGUGAUGAUAAUGACAGUGAUGUGAAGAUGAGGAUGAACCCUUAGAUAUGGUUUUAAACGAAACAGCUUUUCAUGCUGACUCUUCAUUCUUCCAGCAGCUCACCACACUUCACUCUUUCCUCAGUGCUUCCAGGACGAGGCCCUCGAAACAGGGCCGUAGAGACUGGUGGUUAGUGUGUACAACAAUAACAGGCAAAGCUCAGUGUUUGUGCUGACUAUGUAUCUGAGUGCGUCUAUGUCAGUAAUGUACCUGGCAUAUCAGGCACUAUAUGCUGCUUAUCAUUGAUUGGUCAAUCUGUGUUGUCACUUAAUUCGAUCGUUUUUCCAUGAUGUAAGCAAUCAUGAUGUUAUCUUUGAAUACUUUAUAUUUGUUCUGGCCAGAAUUAUUUUAUUUUUUCUUCAAACGGAAAGAUUAAAUAUGGGUGUAAUGUAUUGCCAGAUGUCACAUGAUAAAAGGACUGUAAGCGUUGCCUAGUUUAUUCCACCAGAGGACGCCAUAUCACCUCUCCAUCCUCAAUUCCCCACUGUAGAUACCCACCAUUCUAAUCUGCCCACGUUGAUUAAAUACUCAUGUUUCUUUCAAUCCUAAUUUCUCAUGUAAAGGUAGCACCCUUCCCUCGCCUGUACGUUGAAAUCAUAUGGUGUGUCAAUAACACAGAAUGUUCUCAUUCCACGGUAAAUGAAUAACUCUCAAUGACAUCACAGUAUGAAUUGCAUACCAAAGAUAUGAAUUGAUAAUACUGCUGAUUCUCCGUUUUAUUUACUUUCUACACUUUCUAUUUUAAAUGGUUUGCCAAAAUAGUUAUUGGACAACCCGGUCCACCCAUUGCACCACUGUCUGGCGAGAAGUCUUGUGGUCGUUGUGUGUUUUGGUCUCUAAGUGGUCAUUUAUACAGGAUGGUUUCAUGGACAUGGAUAACUGAGAUUAAAUUAGGGUCUCACUACAAUACAAAAUCGUGAUUUUGAUAUGGUCCCUGUUUAGAGCCUGCUGCAUUCUACUGUUCUACCAAAUUUUUACAAAUCUGGGUUAGUGCCAUGUAAUGUUGGCUUGUCAGUGUGUUCAUUUAUCUAGGUCUGUGAAAUCAUUCUAACUAUGUGCUUUAAUCUGAGUAACUGAUCACCUCCUUAAUAAAAUGCCUGUAGUAACAGUGAUCAUCAGGAUUCACUGCAUUUUAAGAUCCAUCCUCAUUAUAAACUGAAUGGAAUAUUCUGUUCAAUUCCUGAUGGACCUGUGUCAAUAUGUCUGUAAUGCAGCAGUGUGUGUGAUUGUGAGUGUGUGUGUGUGUGUGUGUGUGUGUGUGUGUGUGUGUGUGUGUGUAUGUGUGCGCGUGCUCUCACUGUCUGUGUGUCCUGAAAGGUCUCUGCCUGGCUCUGUAGGAGUGUAUUUGACUCCUGUACCCAGGUAAAGGAAAGCUUGAGUUUAGCAAUCCUGGUUGAAGUUGCUCUUAGGAACUGGUCUAGGUUCAAAAUGUGACCUCAAAUCAGUGUAUUUGUACAACUUCAUCCUAUUCUGAGUUUUCCAAUGGUGUAGAUAAUGCUGCAAACUGCCUGGUUUUUCCAAACCAAACAAACCCACACCAGGACCUCUUAGGAUGAGGUACCCAGUAGUCAUUGAUUCUUCUAACAUGGUGGGAUAGAAGUGAGUUUCAUUUGUUUACAUUAUGUUUACAAUGGCACAGUUUUAAUUUUUAAGAAUUCUGUAGGUAUAAACAAUAUUUACAUAUUUAUUGCCUAAGGUUUCAUGAUAUGAUGUGUAUUGUGUUUCAUCUUUGGAAUAUAAUGUUACAGCUGUCAUCUGUAUUCAUAUCUGGAUGAAUUUGGUAAAGUAGUUGGUAAUUUUGUAUGACUACUAAGUGACUGUUUUCUGUGCCUUUUUAUGGUUAGAAUGCAUGGUUAACUAUUUAUUACAAUAUUGAAGUCACUGAGAUGUGUAUUUUUGUAUUCUGACUAAAUAAAUAGUUCAACUUUGUUGUACAUUUUUAGGUGCCUUAAAAAAGGCUACCAGUUCAUAUCUUCCUUCUUCAAUAAAACAUGAAUGCUUACAGUA